UCUCUCACAUGUUCGUCAAUUUCCUAGUGUGUACAGAAUACGCGAAUUUUAUCUUGAUCCAUUCCGUUUAUUCAGUUCUCUAGCGCAAGUCAAGGUGAAGGUGGUUCGAUUCGGUGUACGUGCGAACAAUGGAUUCAAAAGUCGCACUAGAAUGGAGUUUUCUUCCCCCGAUAUUGUUUGGGAUCGCGAUAACCAUUUUCACGUACGUGUGGUUCAGCAGGAGGGAAUACCUGAGAAAGAUUGAAUGGGUUGAGGAAGUGCCCGGUCUGCCGUUUCUGGGGUGUAUUUUGAAUUUGAGCAAGUCCACUGAGAUCCUCAAUGUAUUUUCAAACUACUGUAGGCAAUACAACGGGCUGGCCAGGUUGAACUUGUUCGGCAAGAGGUUUCUCCUUGUUUCCGACUACAAGUUCCUCGAGUUUGUGCUGAAUUCCAACGAAAUCUUGGACAAGAAUGAUUCUUAUAAAUUUUUGAAUAACUGGCUAGGUAAAGGACUCCUCACAGUUGAAGGUUCCAAAUGGAAGAAGAGCCGGAAAUUGCUGACUCCAGCUUUUCAUUUCUCGAUUGUGGAUCAGUUUGUUGAAGUUUUCGACAAUAAUGCGAACAUACUUGUUGGAUUGUUGGAAAAAGAACAGGAAAACGACUUUGUAGAUGUCUUUCCAUAUAUCACGAUGUAUACUUUGGACAAUAUUUGUGAAGCCACCAUGGGCGUGUCCAUAAACGCUCAAACGGACACACAAUCAGAAUAUGUUUUCGCUGUUAAAGAAAUGUGCAGAAUCACAGUCGACAGAACUUUUUCGCCAAUAAAAAUGUUCAAUACGUUGUAUCCCUUAACGGCGGACUAUUACAAAGAAAAAAAAUACGUAAACACUCUGCAUGAAAAAACUAAUUCUAUCAUAAUUUCAAGGCAGAAAGAACUGAUCAGGAAAAGAGCGGAGGAGAUCUCUUCGGGAGAUUCUGUUCCUCGAGAAGACGAAGGAACUGGUAUUAAAAAAAGAAUGGCCUUUUUGGACUUACUCCUGCAAACACCAGACGAAACGUUGACCAAUGAGGAUAUCAGGCAAGAAGUUGACACAUUUAUGUUCGCGGGGCAUGAUACAACGGCUUCAGCAGUUAGUUUCAUCAUUUAUUGUUUGGCAGAGCAUCCAGAACAUCAAGAAAAAAUCGUGGAAGAACUGGAAACCAUUUUUGGAGACGACAAAUCUAGGCCGGUAACAGUCGCGGAUCUGCAAAGUAUGAAAUAUACGGAAAUGGUUAUCAACGAAACCCUCAGGCUUUAUCCUUCUGUUCCCUUCACCGGAAGAAUACUAAACAAAGAUGUUAAAUACGAAGAUGGAAAAAUCCUACCAGAAGGACUGAGUUUGAUUCUUUACAUAUAUGGCGCCAAUCGCAAUGGUCAGUAUUAUGAAGAUCCUAACACAUUCAACCCAUUGAGAUUUGAGAGUGAAAAGCCAGCUCCUUAUAGUUACAUCCCUUUCAGUGCUGGACCACGAAAUUGCAUAGGCCAAAAAUUCGCCAUGCUGGAGAUGAAAGCGACCGUUGCGAAACUACUCUUGAAGUUCGAAAUAGUAUCUUGCGGUCAUGUGCCAAUCUUAGCGGCUGAGACAGUUCUCUUUUCGAAAAAUGGCGUCAAAGUCACGCUGAAAACGAGAAUGUGAAUGAAAACUGUACUUGAUAUUUCCAUGAAAAUGUGAUUCAUUUGUUCGUAAAUAUGUGUCUGUGAUGUUACCAAUGUUUGUUAUUUAAUUUAAAUGUUAAGAUGUCGUUGGGUCUUACUAUUAAUAUAUGCAUAAAGUAUAGAUGUAAAUAAAAUACUUUUUUGUAAGGAA